UGGUUUGGAGAUCCCUUUAAGAAACCACAGGCGGAGGAAUUUCUCUGAGAGAAAAUAAUCCUACUCACGGGGCCCCUUGGAGGCCAUUAACCCCCUUUGAACAGAAAAGUGAUGCAGUUUUUGAUGAAAUUGUAGAGAACUGUGGUGUCAUGGAUACAGAAAUGUCUGAAGACACAGACCACAACUUAACUCCUACCCUUGCCAGCAUGUCUUAUGGAAUGCCGAAUCAAACAGGAUCUGAGAAUUCAUUGCUGGAUGAAGAUGAUUAUUUUUUGAACUCUGGGGAUCUUGCAGGAAUUCCAGUCGUUAGUAGUGACAAUGAGGAUGAACAGGAUUUUAGUUCAAAGGACAAUCUUGUUUCUUCAAUUCAUACUGAUGAUAGCUUGGAAGUAGAGAGAAGAGCCUCUCAUCAUGAAUCAGAUAAUGAAAAUGAAAUACAAAUUCAAAAUAAAUUAAAAAAAGACUUUCCUAAACAGUUUGAUCAGGUUUCUGUCUUUAAAUCAAUACGAAAAGAUUUUUGUUUAGUAAGAGAAAACAGCAAAGAGACAUUUCCUGGAAAGGAGAAAAAUAGAGACCUAACUUAUCAUGAACGUGAAAAACGGUUGGAUAAACCCCAUAAAGGUUUGGAUUCAAGGUUGAAAAGCAGUUUUUUUGAUAAAGCAGCUAAUCAAGUUGAAGAAACAUUACAUACUCAUUUACCACAAAACCCAGAAACAAACUUUAGGGAUUCCAGCUACCCAUUUGCCAAUAAAGAAUCCAUUGGUUCGGAACUGGGGAAUUCCUUUGCAUCAAAUAUUAGAAUUAAAGAAGAACCUUUGGAUGAUGAGUAUGACAAAGCAGUGGCGCCUCAGCAGGGACUACUAGACAGAGUUAAAGAUGAACCUGAAAAUGCUCAAGAGUAUAAUCAUGGCCAACAGCAAAAAACUCAAGAGGGGGAACUGAAAAUUAGUGCUGUGUUUUCAGUCAGUGGCAGUCCUCUUGCUCCACAGUUGACUACUGGCUUUCAGCCUUCUCUGGCAUCACCUGGCAUGAAUAAAAUGCUUCCUUCAGUUCCAGCUGCAGCUGUUCGAGUUUCCUGUUCUGGUUGUAAAAAAAUCCUCCAGAAGGGGCAGACUGCAUAUCAGAGGAAAGGGUCUACACAGCUUUUCUGCUCCACACUGUGCCUCACUGGAUACACAGUCCCACCUGCCCGCCUGCCACCUCUUCUUACCAAGAAGACUUGUUCAAGUUGCUCAAAAGACAUUUUAAAUCCAAAGGAUGUGAUCAGUGCGCAGUUUGAAAAUAGUACCACCAGUAAGGAUUUUUGCAGUCAGUCUUGCUUGUCAACAUAUGAACUGAAAAAAAAACCCAUUGUUACCAUAAAUACAAAUAGCAUUUCAACCAAAUGCAGCAUGUGUCAGAAGAACGCUGUUAUUCGACAUGAAGUUAAUUACCAGAACGUGGUCCAUAAACUUUGCAGUGAUGCCUGCUUCUCUAAGUUUCGCUCUGCUAACAACCUCACUAUGAACUGUUGUGAGAACUGUGGUGGUUACUGUUACAGUGGCUCUGGACAGUGCCAUGUGCUUCAGAUUGAGGGGCAGUCUAAGAAGUUUUGUAGUUCAAUGUGUGUCACCUCAUACAAGCAGAAAUCAGCCAAAAUAACACCAUGUGCGCUUUGCAAAUCAUUGAGAUCCUCAGCAGAAAUGAUUGAGAAUACCAAUAGCUUGGGGAAGACAGAACUUUUCUGUUCUGUUAAUUGCUUAUCUGCUUACAGAGUUAAAAUGGUUACUUCUGCAGGUGUACAAGUUCAGUGUAACAGUUGUAAAACCUCAGCAAUCCCUCAGUAUCAUCUAGCCAUGUCAGAUGGAAGUAUACGCAACUUCUGCAGCUACAGUUGUGUGGUAGCUUUCCAGAAUUUAUUCAACAAACCAACUGGAAUGAAUUCUUCAGUAGUGCCCUUGUCUCAGGGCCAAGUAAUUGUGAGCAUCCCCACAGGUUCAGCAGUGUCUGCAGGUGGAGGGAAUACCCCUGCUGUAUCCCCCACCUCCAUCAGCAGCUCUGCUGCAGCUGGUCUCCAGCGGCUGGCAGCCCAGUCCCAGCAUGUUGGGUUUGCCCGAAGUGUGGUGAAGCUUAGGUGUCAACACUGUAAUCGUCUUUUUGCUACAAAACCAGAGCUUCUUGACUACAAGGGUAAAAUGUUUCAGUUCUGUGGCAAGAAUUGUUCUGACGAAUAUAAGAAAAUCAAUAAUGUAAUGGCAAUGUGUGAAUAUUGUAAAAUUGAGAAAAUUAUAAAGGAGACUGUGCGAUUCUCAGGUGCUGACAAGUCAUUUUGUAGUGAAGGUUGCAAAUUGCUUUAUAAACAUGACUUGGGGAAACGCUGGGGAAGUCACUGUAAAAUGUGCAGUUAUUGUUUACAGACAUCUCCCAAAUUGAUACAGAAUAAUUUGGGUGGAAAGGUGGAAGACUUCUGUUGUGAAGAAUGCAUGUCUAAGUAUACAGUUUUGUUUUAUCAGAUGGCCAAAUGUGAUGGUUGCAAGAGACAGGGUAAACUCAGUGAGUCAUUGAAAUGGCGAGGGGAAAUAAAACACUUUUGUAACCUGCUUUGUAUCUUGAUGUUCUGUCAUCAGCAAACUGUAUGUGACCCACCUUUACAAAACAACUCAGCAAGUAUUUCCAUGGUUCAAGCUACAUCUGCAGGGCCCCCAUCACUCAGAAAAGAUUCAACUCCAGUUAUUGCUAAUGUGGUAUCUUUGGCAAGUGCUCCUGCUGCUCAGCCCACAGCAAAUGCCAACAGCGUGCUACAAGGUGCAGUUCCAACAGUAACAGCGAAAAUCAUUGGGGAUGUAAGUACUCAAACAGAUACACUGAAACUUCCACCUUCCCAACCCCCAAGGCUUUUGAAGAACAAAGCUUUAUUGUGCAAACCCAUCACACAGACGAAAGCCACUUCAUGUAAACCACAUACUCAAAACAAAGAAUGCCAGACAGAAGACACUCCAAGUGAGCCCCAGGUUAUGGUGGUACCAGUCCCUGUGCCAGUGUUUGUUCCUAUACCUCUUCAUCUUUAUACCCAGUACACUCCUGUCCCCUUUGGGAUUCCAGUUCCCAUGCCUGUUCCCAUGCUUAUUCCUUCCUCUAUGGAUAAUGAAGAUAAAGCCACUGAGAGUAUUGAAGACAUUAAAGAGAAGCUUCCUACACAUCCAUUUGAAGCGGAUCUCCUUGAGAUGGCAGAAAUGAUUGCAGAAGAUGAAGAGAAGGAGAAGAGUCUAUCCCAGGGAGAGUCUCAAACUUCUGAACAAGAACUCUUUCUAGACACCAAGAUUUUUGAAAAAGACCAAGGAAGUACAUACAGUGGUGAUCUUGAAUCAGAGGCAGUGUCAACUCCACAUAGCUGGGAGGAAGAGUUGAAUCAUUAUGCCUUAAAGUCAAAUGCUGUGCAAGAAGCUGAUUCAGAACUGAAACAGUUCUCAAAAGGGGAAACAGAACAGGAUCUGGAGGCAGAUUUUCCAUCAGAAUCCUUUGACCCACUUAAUAAAGGACAGGGAAUCCAGGCACGUUCUCGAACAAGACGGAGACACAGAGAUGGCUUCCCUCAGCCCAGACGAAGAGGGAGGAAGAAGUCUGUAGUACCUGUGGAGCCCAGGAGUCUUAUUCAAGGAGCUUUGCAAGGGUGUUCAGUGUCUGGAAUGACACUAAAAUAUAUGUAUGGGGUAAAUGCCUGGAAGAACUGGGUUCAGUGGAAAAAUGCCAAGGAAGAACAGGGAGAUCUAAAGUGUGGGGGAGGUGAACAUGCCUCUCCUAGUCCAGGUUCUGACUCCUUAGGAAGUGUUCAAGACCAGGCACUCUCUCAAGAAUCCUCAGAGCAAGGUUGUAAAGUCCGCCCUGUGAAGCUGAAGGAAGAUAUUCUAUCCUGCACUUUUUCUGAAUUGAGUUUAGGAUUAUGCCAGUUUAUCCAAGAGGUGCGGAGACCAAAUGGUGAAAAAUAUGACCCAGACAGUAUCUUAUACUUGUGCCUUGGAAUUCAGCAGUACCUGUUUGAAAAUGGUAGAAUAGAUAACAUUUUUACGGAGCCCUAUUCCAGAUUUAUGAUUGAACUUACCAAACUCUUGAAAAUAUGGGAGCCUACGAUACUUCCUAAUGGUUACAUGUUCUCUCGAAUUGAAGAAGAGCAUUUGUGGGAGUGCAAACAGCUGGGAGCUUACUCGCCAAUUGUCCUGUUAAAUACCCUCCUUUUUUUCAAUACCAAAUACUUCCAACUAAAGAAUGUUACUGAGCAUUUGAAGCUUUCCUUUGCCCAUGUGAUGAGACGGACCAGGACUCUGAAAUACAGCACCAAGAUGACAUAUCUGAGAUUCUUCCCGCCUUUACAGAAGCAAGAGUCAGAGCCAGAUAAACUAACUAUUGGCAAGAGGAAACGGAAUGAAGAUGAUGAGGCUCCGGUGGGUGUGGAGAUGGCAGAGAAUACCGACAACCCACUGAGAUGUCCCGUUCGGCUUUAUGAGUUUUACUUGUCAAAAUGUUCUGAAAGUGUGAAGCAGAGGAAUGAUGUGUUCUACCUUCAGCCUGAGCGCUCCUGUGUUCCUAAUAGUCCCAUGUGGUACUCCACAUUCCCGAUAGACCCUGGAACCCUGGACACCAUGUUGACACGCAUUCUCAUGGUGAGAGAGGUACAUGAAGAACUUGCCAAAGCCAAAUCUGAAGACUCUGAUAUUGAAUUAUCAGAUUAAGAUGGAAGUAAGGUUUCUAUUUCCAUGAGCAUUGGUAUGCACCAAGCUGUGAAUGCACUCAGCUGUCGGGAAGAUGUGUAAAUCCAAGUCCUCUUGACUUGCUUGUAAGACAUGAAGAACAGGCCGCUCCUGAGCAACAGUGUGGCUGUAAAUGAAACCCGAGGGGAGGAAUGUGAGUGACUUGGCAGGGAGAGUCCGUAGACAUGGUCAGAUGACUAACCAGUUUCUGAGUGGUGCAUAAUCUUAUUUUGUUUGGGAAUAAGAAAUUAUGGAAUAUUUUUAAGGAAAACUGUUGUAUAAAAUUCUACCAUAGUAACCUUAGUUAGAAAGGGGUAGCUUUGGAGUGAGACCCUGGCUAUUUGAGCACGAUGUCCAUGAAAGUCAGGAAAGAAAUCAGUACAGAGCUGAGAGUGACAUCAGAUGAGGACACUGGGACUCAGCCUUGAAGAUCCAAUAAAAAUACUCAUGUUUUUUGUAAAAAGAUAGUGGUCUUGAUUGAUUUAUACUGCCAACCCACUUAUGUGAAGGAUAGAAGCCUUUGGUACUUUGUCUGGAGGCCCCUCACAUCAGGGGAAAUGCCCUUCACUGCUGUUGUUAGUGUGCCCCUUUUCGUGUAGGGUCUUACCUUCUCAGCUGUGGGUGAUUGAAGGCAAAGGGAUAAUGUUCCACAAGCUAAUUAUGUACCCAGAAAACCUGUGGAGCACAUUAGACCCUAGGUGUCCUGAACUGUUUGCAGAAAGCCCACUUCUUGGGUGCAGGCCUUUGUUGCUGCUGUGUCAGCCCCAGCUGUGCUGCACAGAUGGAGAGGCACUCCUUUUGUUUCCAGUUUUUCCCCAAUGGCAGCUUUUCUUCCAUUGUGUCACUUUCCUGUUCCCGAGUGACUCUUCCUGUCCUUUUGCACCAGUUUCUGGAGGCCCUUGUCAUUUCAAACAGAAUAAUCUGUUUCCACAGUUGUGACAAACGUGGGUGAUCCCACAAAGACACAGUAUUAUGCAGCUAUCUGAAUUGUGGUAGGGAAGGCUUCCAUGUAAGCAUUUGGAAGUUGACCUUAUUGCCCCAAGGAACUUGAAAGUUAGGGAUUUGGGAUUAGAGUACAAGAUGAUUUACAUAUUCAUAAGAAGGUCUUUCUCUUUUUUUUUUUGUUUUUUUUUGUUUUCGAUUUUUGUUUUUCGAGACAGGGUUUCUCUGUGGCUUUGGAGGCUGUCCUGGAACUAGCUCUUUAGACCAAGCUGGUCUCGAACUCACAGAGAUCCGCCUGUAUCUGCCUCCUGAGUGCUGGGAUUAAAGGCGUGUGCCACCACCGCCCGGCUAAGAAGGUCUUAACAGCAUUAUUCCAGAUUCUAGCUGUCUUAGUUGUAUGAGGAUUGCAAGGCAUAGAUGUGUGUGUCAUUAUCACACUGACUCCCUCUUCUCCAGUCUCAGUUUCUUCCCUACAAAAAUUGAGUCAAGCUUUUAAUAAUGUUGGCUAAUUACUGAGCUUCUUUAAUUGAAGUUAAUUUGAGCUUACAGCAGAACUGAGAGAAGUCAUAAGCUUCUUCCAAAGUAUCACCUUGAAAGACUUCAUUGUGUCCCAUAUUUUAGGUGGGGAUAGCAAGUUUUAUUUUGUUUUUUAAACAAAUAAGUCAUUUAAAUACAACAGAAUUUUAAAUGGGCCUUUUGACAUUGUAUACUUGGUGGUUCUGUCCUCUGCCUGUAACGAAUCUCCCUUUUGUUACUAAGAACUGUGUGAAAGAAGUAAAUCUGCCCCAGUCUGUAUGGUUAAGUUCAUCUGUGUUUGUCAUUUUUGAUGGGGAACUGCUUCCUUCCAGACCUCCUUUGAUUGAACGGAAAGCAGUUGGCCUGUCUAAUAAGUCACCAAUAAACCAUCCAGAAACACCA